GUAUUGUAAGGCGGUCUUAUCAUUCGUGUGUAGCAGCUGGAUCGAACGGCUCAUGCUCAGUUGUAUUACGACAGGCAAAGCUUAAAGAUGUGGUUGUUGCGUGUUGUGCUUGCAUGUCUCCCUCUUUCGGUGGCAUGGGCCUUUGGCGACGAAGCUAUUUUUGAGGAUGAGGACAUCUAUAACCAGGCGCUGCCUCCAGUCCCGCAUACGGGCAUCACGGUGCCCGGAACUAAUUGGUGCGGUCCGGGCAACACGGCAGCCAACUACGAAGAUCUUGGCCGGGAGCGUGAGACUGACAAGUGCUGUAGGGCCCAUGACCAUUGCGACGAGAUCAUCGAGUCCCACGGUGCGCUUCACGGAUUGCCCACCAACACGGACUGGUUUCCAAUCCUCAAGUGCACCUGCGAACAGGAGUUCAUUAACUGCCUUCAGGCGGUGAACAGCAUUACUUCCAAAACCCUUGGCCGGAUUUACUAUGGUAGCAGGAGCAGGUGCUUCGCCAACGGAUAUCCCACCACCGGAUGCAAGCAGUACCAGGAGGGCACCUUCCGCAAGCGCUGCAUCCGUUAUCAGGUGGACAAGUCCAACGCCAAGAUUUGGCAGUUCUACGACAUGCCAUUUUUUACGAUUCCAGCGAGAAGUGGAUGACCCCACAACGAAGAUUUAUACAAAAUAGGAAUUUGCCUUUGCCACAACGAAGGUUUAUAAACAAAAUAGGAAUUUGCCUUUGCUUAUUUGAAUUUUCUUUACAUGUUUAAAUUGUUUUAACAAAACUAACAAUCAAAUAAAACAGCCUUUAUAAAAUAUAUUUAUUAUGUUUUCAAAGCGCAUAGCCCAUUUCAAAAAAUUUAUGUAAAGUGUUCGUUAGCUGUUUAGAAAUUGUUGUUCUGAAACCUAAUAAAUUUUUUUUUAAAAAAGCAAUCCAUAUAAAUUUGUAAAAAUAAUUUCAAAAAUGUUAGUUUUUGCAAAAUGGUUUUUAAAUUUAUAGCGUCGUUAUAAUUAAUGGAAAGCUGGAUAGCUGGAAAGCUUUACUUUUUUAUAAAAUGUUUUAAUCUUUUAUUAAUGACCAAAUAAAUGUAAUUACACUCGUA